UUACUCAACCACCUGCACGCUCAAGAUGUCUGCACUUCGCAUCUGCAAGCCCUUCACCGCUAGCGCUCAGCGGGUUGUUUCCCGUCGACCAUGCGUACGCGUUUCAGCUUCGAUGAAGCUCUACAGCAACCCCAUGUCUCGCGGCAAGAUCAUUGAGUGGUAUCUCCAGGAAAUUGGGGCCACCGAUGUAGAGGUCAUCAACCUGGACCUGAAAGAAAAGAGGGAGCACAAGUCGGAAACCUUUAAGAAGGUGAACCCCUUCGGCAAAGUUCCUGCGCUGGAGGAUGGAGAUCUAAAGCUGUUCGAGAGCGGCGCCAUCCUGCUGUACCUGGCUGAGAAGUACGGCAAGAUCCAGGAUCCCACCCAGCGCGCCAAAGCCACCCAGUGGGCCCUAUUCGCUAACAGCACACUCGCCAUCUCGGUGUUCUCGGAGCAGUUCCGCGACCGCGCCAUGCCCGACCUCUUCUCCAACCUGGACGCCCUGCUGGCCCAGCAUCCCUACCUUGAGGGCGACGCCUUCAGCGUGAGCGAUGUGGCGGUGGGCGCCUACCUCCUGUACAUUCCCGCCAUGCUGCCACAGGUGGACCUGUCACCCUACCCCAACGUGCUGGCCUACAUGCAGAGGCUGGCCCAGCGGCCCGCAUGCGCCGCCACAGUGGCAGCGCGCUCGCAGGAGCGCCGGCAGCAGGAGGCGACGGCGGCGGCAGCGGCAGCGGAGACAGAGAAGAAGAAGAGCGCCUGAAGAAGAGGGAAACAGCGCCCUAGUACGGUAGGGUAGGGGAGAAACCAUAUGUACCGUACACUGCUCGGUGGCGAGGAGGGACGUACACAGGAUGUACAAAUGAGGUGUUGAGCCGCGUUUUGAAUUGAACGGCGAAUAUGUGCCAUUGUGACCGCUGUCCUCGCAUGGAUGAUGGCCGUGCAUUGAGGGUGUGUGCGGGGACGAGUGCUGGGUUGAGGUUGUGAACGGCUUGCAGCAGGCCUCCGUAGCAGGCCUUGGCAUGAGGCGUG